GGCCGCCCCGGCUGGAAACGCUCCCCCGGCGGCGGCUCUUUGGUUCUCCGCGGGGCCGGGCGGCCUCCUGCGCGUCUCUAGAGCCCGGCACCCGGCUCGGCGGGGCGAAAAAGGGGCGAAGAAGGCGGCGGGCAGGGCUGGAGCCGCGGGCGGGGCCGCUGCGUCUGCUGAGGCCGGGAAUGUACUUUUCCCUGCCUCCCUCCUUCAAGAUCAGAAAACGGUUUGUGCUUCGCUGAUCUGUAACCAGAGGUCUGGAGCUCGAUUUUACCGGAACAGUGUGAGACACGGGAGCCAGGAUGUUGAGAACUGUGAGGAAACUUCCGAUGAGCGCGUUGAAGUUAACAAGUUUAUGCAGUGAGCAUGCCUGUUUCAGGAAGACAAAAAUCAGAGUCCUAAGCCUGACAUGGCAGAACACCGGUCAAAGAAACUACAGUUAUUCACCAGAAGAUGUUAAAUCUCUCCGUUCUGUCAUUAAUCCUCAUAUAUCCAGAAUCCGCAACAUUGGCAUCAUGGCCCAUAUUGAUGCAGGGAAAACUACAACAACAGAGAGAAUGCUGUAUUAUUCUGGAUACAUAAGAACACUUGGAGAUGUUGAUGAUGGGGACACAGUGACAGAUUUUAUGGUACAGGAACGAGAACGUGGUAUUACCAUUCAGUCUGCUGCUGUUACUUUUGACUGGAAGGACUACAGAAUCAAUCUGAUUGACACCCCAGGUCAUGUAGACUUUACACUGGAAGUCGAGCGUUGCUUGAGAGUGCUGGAUGGAGCAGUAGCAGUGUUUGAUGCUUCAGCUGGCGUUGAGGCACAAACUCUGACAGUCUGGAGACAAGCAGACAAACAUCAGAUACCACGAAUCUGCUUUUUAAACAAGAUGGACAAAAACAGGGCAAGCUUUACGUACGCUGUUGAGAGUAUCAAACGAAAGUUGAAGACAAAACCUUUGCUUUUACAGUUGCCCAUUGGGGAGGCCAAGACUUUCAGAGGACUGGUUGAUGUUGUGACUAAGGAACAAAUAAUUUGGAAACCUACUUCUGAUAUGGAUGACGGAAAACAUUUUGAGCAAAAGCUGCUGCUAGAGACUGAUGAUCCCAACCUGUUCCAAGAAGUCCAGGAUGCUAGAAAUACCUUAAUAGAACAAGUUGCAGAUCUGGAUGAUGAAUUUGCUGAACUGGUUCUAGGAGAAUACAGUGAAAAUUUUGACCUACUACCAGCUGACAAGCUACAGUCUGCUAUACGCAGGGUCACACUAGCUCAGAAAGCAGUACCUGUACUCUGUGGCAGUGCAUUGAAGAACAAAGGAGUACAGCCUUUACUGGACGCUAUUACUAUGUACUUGCCUGCACCUAAUGAGCGGUCAUAUGAGUUUCUGCAAUGGUACAAAGAUGACCUGUGUGCCCUAGCGUUUAAAGUACUUCACGAUAAAUGUCGUGGACCACUGGUUUUCAUUCGUGUUUAUUCAGGUUCACUGAAACCUCAAUCAGCUGUAUAUAAUAUUAACAAAAGCUGCACGGAGAGAAUAAGCCGUCUGCUCCUGCCUUUUGCUGAUCAGCAAAUUGAAAUACCAUCACUAAUGCCUGGCAACAUUGCCCUUACUGUUGGGUUAAAACAGAGUGCCACUGGAGAUACCAUAGUGUCAUCGAAGGCUUCAGCUGUAGCUGCAGCACAACGAGCUGGAACGGAUACUGGGAAAGAGCGGAGGAGUAGCAGUGACGUGGAGAGCCUUCUGCUGGCAGGUGUUGAGAUUCCUGAGCCUGUCUUCUUCUGUACCAUUGAACCUCCUUCAAUGGCCAAGCAACAAGACUUGGAUAAUGCAUUGAGCUGCCUUCAGCGUGAAGAUCCAAGCUUGAAAGUGAAGCUAGAUCCUGACACAGGACAAACUAUUCUUUGUGGCAUGGGAGAACUACACAUAGAGAUCAUUCAUGACCGAAUCAAACGUGAAUAUGGAAUAGAAACUUACUUGGGACCUCUUCAAAUAGCCUACAGAGAAACCAUCCUAAAUGCUGCACAAGCCACAGAUGUAUUGGAUAAAACAGUAGGAGAUAAACGACACUUUGUAACCACAGAGCUAGAGGUGAGGCCCAGGAUAGGGGACAAAGCAAUGACAAAACCUGCCAUUGAGUAUGCUGAAAGUGUCAUUGAAGUGCUACCGAAAGAACUUCAGGGAGCUAUAGAAAAUGGAAUCACAAAUUCAUGUAUUCAAGGACCUUUGCUAGGAUUCCCAGUUCAGGAUAUAGAUGUGACAGUGCAAUCGCUGACAAUGCAUCCUGACACCUCCCACACAAUGGUGUCAGCUUGUGUCUCCCGUUGCUUGCAAAAGGCUUUGAAAAAAGCUGGUAUACAAAUACUGGAGCCCCUGAUGAACCUAGAAAUCACAGUAAAUGAAGAUCAUCUCAGUGCAGCACUUGCUGACCUUGCACAACGGAGGGGCAGUGUUCAGGAAAUCCAGAGUCGUCAAGAUAACAGGGUUGUGGUUGCUGCUGUUCCACUAGCAGAAAUGAUGGGCUACUCAACAGUUCUGCGUUCUCUAACAUCAGGCUCAGCAACCUUCACUUUGGAGUUAGCCAGUUAUCAAGCCCUGAACAGCCAAGAGCAAAGUGCCCUUCUGCAAAGGAAGAUGGGGUUGGUGUGACCAUUCUGCUCUGCAGAAGGAAGAAGACUGUGCUUUUGACUGUCCGAGGGAAGGUUCAAGAAACAGUGUUCAUCUGGCACAGCCUUGUAAUUGCAAAGCAGCUGAACCAGAGAUGGGGCUACAGUCUGCUGCUUUGGCAGUCCUUAUCUUACAGACAUCUACAAUGAGAAGUAAUGGUCAUUCCAAUGAAGAGGAUUUAUAUUAUUAAGUGCUAUGAAGAUUGAUUCUUACUUUACUAAGUAAAGUUUGUGAAGCUUAUGGCUACAGAUGAAUACAGUUUUGCUAGGCUGUAUUUGAGUUCUUUUCAGCUGACUACAAGAGUAUGGUUAAGAAGCAAUUUGAACUCUACAAAUAUAAAUAUUCCUGUAGUGUUAGAAACCAACUUGGAACAGAGUUUAGGACACUGAAUGUAACUUUUGCCUGAGUUUUCUUUACCAAGUAUGUGGAGUGCAGGCUUCUGCACAUUGAGUAAGAUCUGUUCAAAAAAUACAAGAAAGGCAGCAUUCUCCCCCAACAGGAAUCCCUACCUACCAUCUUGGAUAUGUUCAGGGAGGAUUUCUUUUGACCUUUAAGAAUGAUUAAUAUAAGCUUUAAAUGGUUCUGAUUUGCUGUGUAUUACAAUUACUUUGUGAUUUGCAAUUCUGCAAUUACCUAGAAAAGUAACAAAUGACAAGACACUUUUAAAUAAAAAUGGUCUGCUCUU